AUGUUGGUGAAUGAUGAUGAUUUUGGUAGUGAUGGGCGUAUUGGAUGUGAUGUUGGUGACGAUGAUGAUGAUUUUGGUAGUGAUGGGCGUAUUGGAUGUGAUGUUGGUGACGAUGAUGAUGAUUUUGGUAGUGAUGGGCAUAUUGGAUGUGAUGUUGGUGACGAUGAUGAUGAUUUUGGUAGUGAUGGGCAUAUUGGAUGUGAUGUUGGUGACGAUGAUGAUGAUUUUGGUAGUGAUGGGCGUAUUGGAUGUGAUGUUGGUGACGGUGAUGAUGAUUUUGGUAGUGAUGGGCAUAUUGGAUGUGAUGCUGGUGACGAUGAUGAUGAUUUUGGUAGUGAUGGGCAUAUUGGAUGUGAUGUUGGUGACGAUGAUGAUGAUUUUGGUAGUGAUGGGCAUAUUGGAUGUGAUGUUGGUGACGAUGAUGAUGAUUUUGGUAGUGAUGGGCGUGGUGGAGAUGAUGAUGGUGACGAUGGUGAUAAAUUUCGGUGGGUGAUGUCGAUAAACAUGGUAGUGAUGUGCAUAAUGAUGAUGACGACGAUGGAGAUUGUUGGUAGUAAUGGGUAUAUUGGAUUAGAUGAUGAUGAUUUUUUUUUGUUAAACUGA